GGACCAUCGUAUUCCUCUUAUCCUGAGGAACCUCAGACUGUGCGGGAUGGUGCUGUUUUUCCAACAGAUGAGAAGCUUUCCUGUACUGAGUGCGAGAAAUGUUUCUAUUUUAAAUUCAAUCUCGAAGAGCAUAAAAGAGCUCACACAGCUGUAAAAAAACGCGCAAUUAACUCAGAAAAAGGUGCGCGACUCAAAACUUCUAAGGCAUGGGACCAUUUUGAUUUAAAUGCUGCAAAGAAGGUGGUCACCUGCAAAAUUUGCGAAACGGAACUUGCAUGGCAUGGAAGCACAACAACGAUGAACGAGCACAUGAAACGGAAACACGUGGGGUUCCCAGAGGAAGGCGAAACAUCGCGAAGGAAACGGCGCACCAUGACAGAGUUUGUGCAGCAAAAUGGUCCCUGCUCUCCCCAACAAUCAGCGAUUAUAACAGAUUCUGUCAUGAAAAUGCUAGUCGCCGACAUGCGGCCACUGUCCAUGGUUGAAGACCGAGGAUUUAAAAGCAUGAUCAGUGUACUGAACCCUGGAUAUACUUUACCAUCAAGAACCCAUUUUACCAAUUUAGUGGAGAGAAAGUACCAGGAGGCAUUUCAGAAUGUGAAGGACGCCAUCAGCGCUAAUGAAAGCAGAAUUGCCCUUACUGCAGACAUAUGGACAAGUAUAGCGACCGAGGCUUUCCUCGGCAUUACAUGCCACUACAUAGCGGAGGAGUGGAAGAUGAUUUCUAUCUGCCUCACUACCAUGCCUCUGGAAGACAGACAUACAGCAGCAAAUAUUGCCGAAUGGUUGGAGGAGGUCACUGAAAGAUUUGAAAUUCCGCCUCAGAAAAUAAUUGGCAUUGUGCAUGACAAUGGUGCAAAAAUUGUGGCUGCUGCGAAAAUCUUGGCGGACACGCAUGGCUGGGCCAGUAUCCGCUGCACUGGCCACACCUUGCAGCUGGUGAUCAGUGCUGCGUUAAAGAAUCCCGGAAUUGAGAGCGCCGUUAGUGCUGCAAGAGGACUAGUUGAACAUUUUAAAAAAAGUGAGCUAGCCGGCAGCAAAUUGAAGGAGAAACAAAAGCAAAUGGGUACAUCUGAGCACAAGCUUCUUCGAGAUGUAAGCACAAGAUGGAAUAGCACUUACUAUAUGGUUGAACGACUCCUUGAACAAAGGUGGCCGGUAACUGCAACUCUGUCUGACCCAUCAGUUGCACAAAGGGGCAAACAUUAUCUGGACUUAAAACCAGACCAGUGGAGUAUACUUGAAGAACUUUCCAGUGCUCUUAAGCCCUUUGAAUGCGGCACUGUAUUCAUGAGUGGCCAAGAAUAUGUUACCCUAUCAUCCGUGCCUGAUCUGGUAAAGGGGCUGUUGCGGUCCAAUGAAGGUGCUUCUUUUGAAUCAUCUCCGCUAAAGAGUUUCCAAGCCACUGCAACAGACCAACUUCAAAGCAGAUGGAAGGAGAUCCUUGAACAUGUCCCAAACACCGUAAUCCUUUCCUCUGCCCUGGACCCACGAUUUAGAAAACUAAACUUUUUAUCACCAGAACAGAUCAUAAAUGUGCAGGCAAAAGUACAGACAGAGGCGCUUGCUUUAAGAAGGGAGAUGGUGGUGCAGCAGCAAAUGACCACCACGUCGCCUGUAAUCAGAGAUGCUGAGCCUUCAACAUCUACAGAUUCUCAUUCUCUACUUGACGUACCCCUUGAGUCUGGGGGCAGCAGUGAAGAGGAAGAGGGGCGACUUGAGGAGGAUAUUAACACACAAGUUCGAAAUGAAGUGCAGGCUUAUUUUGCUGAGAAGCCGCUUCCAAAGGAGGGCAACCCUUUGAGUUGGUGGAAAGGUAACCAAGAGAAAUUUCCAACCUUGGCAAAACUCGCAAAAUCAUUCUUGUGCAUCCCAGGCACCUCCACUCCAUCAGAGCGCCUCUUUUCUGCUGCAGGCAACAUCGUUUGUAAAAAGAGAGCCAGCCUUAGCCCAAAGCAUGUCAACAUGUUGACUUUUUUACAUUCCAACACACAGUUUCUUGAACAGUAGUUCACCUGUUUUCAGAAUGUUUGUUGUUUUUGUACUGCUGCAAAGUUUAAUGCUUUUUAAUCUGCUGUUUGAGUGUAACACUCAGGUUUUUCAUUAUUACUGUUAAAUAAACGAAAAAAUUCCACAUUA